CACAGCCCAGAGUUUUCAAGCCCUAAGCCUCCAACGCCGGAGGAGCAGAAAAAAAAACACUUCCAGAGUUCCUUCCUCAGUUCUCUCUCUUUCUAGAAUCUUCCAAUUCCAAUUUUUCUUUUCCUUCAACACAAAUUAACUCACUGAGUAGCGAGAACGAGUCAUGGAAUCCAAACCCGCUCAAACUAUCAAGCUUCUCUGUAGCUACGGCGGCAAGAUUCUCCCACGCGCCACCGACGGCGAACUCCGUUACGUCGGCGGCCACACCAGAGUCCUCACCGUCGACCGUUCCAUUUCCUUUCCAGAAUUGAUGGUGAAGCUACGCGUAUUUUGUGGUUCGUCUGUGAUCUUGCGGUGUCAAUUACCCAAGGGAGACUUGGAGACCUUGAUAUCCAUCACCAACGACGAAGAUCUCGCUAGCAUAAUCGAAGAAUACGACCGUUCCUCGUUGAAAUUGGCGCAUCCGUUGAAGAUCAAAGCCGUUCUCUCGCCGCCGAAAUCGAUGAAGAAAGCUUCGCCUGUUCCAUCGUCGGCGUCGGCGUCGUCCAGCGCCACACACUCUCCGUCCGGAUCGCCGCACACCUCCACCGAAUCGCUGCCGUACGCGGCGUUCCACCGCAUCGGCCGCCACAACCGCCCGCCGGUUGUGUAUGCUAUCGGCGCGGCGAAGGCAUGUUGCUACACGCAGUUCGAUGGGAGCCCUAGGUUCCUGUACCGUGGACCUCACUGCAAUUAUUACUGCCACUGAGGCGAACGAACCGAUUUUAUUCACUGUAAAUACAGCUGCAAGAGAAUCGCUAUUACGAAGUUGAUUCCAUACAAACGAUGAUGACGACGAAAAAUAUCAAAGGACCAAAAAAAAUAAAAUAGAGAGAAAGAGUGGACUCUUAAAUACAAUUAAUAUUUUUUUUAAUUUUGAUAAAACUUUAGACAUGGAUGAGUUGAGGUUCUAAUUUUUUUAACCUGAGCCUGAGUUUCUUUAAUUUUGGAAAUAUUGGUUACUACGGACUCUUGAUUUCGAGAUUAGGGUUCU